UUCCACGUGUCUCCUUUGGGCGCAUCUGUCACCAACUGCUACUGGGUACAGCUGCCAAAAUCAUGCCGGCCGGGUUUCAGCAACUCGGUGGGGAGACAGUGACAGGAACCCUUGCUCUCUCAGUCUUCACUGCUGUACUGGGAUCUCUGGAGUUUGGGUACAACAUCGGUGUCAUCAAUGCACCUCAGAAGAUCAUUGAGGCGGACUAUAAUGCAACAUGGGUGCACCGGUAUGGAGUGCCCAUCCCCACAGGGACCCUCACCUCCCUCUGGUCCCUGUCUGUGGCCAUCUUUUCCAUUGGAGGCAUGCUCUCCUCUUUCUGUGUGGGGUUCGUUUCGGAGUGGCUGGGAAGGAGGAAAGCCAUGCUCAUUAAUAACUUGUUCGCCUUCAUUGGAGGAAGUCUGAUGGGGCUGGCCAAGCUCUGCAGGUCCUUUGAGAUGAUGAUCCUCGGUCGUUUCAUCAUUGGUGCCUUCUGCGGGUUAGCAUCAGGCUUGACACCGAUGUAUGUGGGUGAGAUUUCUCCUACCAGUCUGCGAGGGGCACUGGGCACACUGCAUCAACUGGCUAUAGUCACUGGUAUUCUCAUAGCACAGGUCCUCGGUUUGGAGUCUUUAUUGGGCGGUGAGGAGUUGUGGCCCGUCCUGAUGGGUUUAACUGUUGUCCCGACUGUACUUCAGAUGGCUCUUCUGCCUUUCUGCCCUGAGAGCCCCCGAUUCCUCUACAUCGUUCGCUGCCAGGAGCACCACGCCAAGAGUGGCCUCAGGAGGCUGACUGGUCGGCUGGAGGUGGGGGACAUGCUGGCAGAGAUGAAAGAAGAGAAGAGGAGGAUGGACAUGGAGAGGAAGGUCUCCAUCCCAGAACUCUUCCGUUCUCCUCUGUACCGCCAGCCAAUCAUCAUUUCAAUCCUGCUGCAGCUCUCCCAGCAGCUGUCUGGGGUCAAUGCAAUUUUCUACUACUCCACCAGUAUCUUCAUGAAGGCAGGAGUCCAGAGUCCAAUCUAUGCCACCAUAGGAGCUGGCGUAGUGAACUGUGCCUUCACUGUGGUCUCGCUCUUUCUGAUAGAGAGGAUGGGACGGCGGACGCUCCACAUGCUAGGGCUGGGUGGGAUGUGCAUCUGUGCCAUCAUCAUGACCACGGCUCUUGCUUUACUGGACAGUAUUCCUUGGAUGAGCUACAUCAGUAUGCUGGCCAUCUUUGGUUUUGUGGCCUUCUUUGAAGUCGGCCCAGGCCCCAUCCCUUGGUUUUUUGUUGCUGAGCUGUUCUCUCAGGGUCCAAGGCCGGCUGCCAUGGCUGUGGCCGGCUGCUCCAACUGGACCGCCAACUUCAUCAUUGGCAUGUGCUUCCAGUAUGUUGCUGACCUUUGUGGGCCAUAUGUCUUCCUGAUCUUCGCAGCACUCCUCCUCUUCUUCCUUAUCUUCACAUUCUUCAGGGUGCCAGAGACACGGGGCAAGACAUUCGACCAGAUUGCAGCAAACUUUCACCAGCGUUCACCAGCAGGAAUGAUGGAUAUGGAUAUGGACAUGGACCUAGACAAACCCAGCACUGAGCUUGACUACUUGGGGGAGGAAAACAUUAACUGAGGGUCCCAGCCUGAAGGAGGGAAGACAGGCUGGCAGACAUAAAUGGGACUGAGCACGACUUGGGGUGAACUGGGUAUAAGGGCUUAACUCCAAAGUUUUAUUUUCUGACAUGUAUAUUGAGGUCUAUUGUUGUAUUCUUCUAGAUUGCGGUGCCAAAGCAGUGUUAAAGGUGUGUGACAAUUUAGGUGGAGGAUCAUUUUUCAACUGUCCUUUGCUGGUGCCACUGCAAUACAAAGUUAAUAAUUAUGAAUUAA